CCCCUUUCUCAUCUUAGGGUUCUUCUUCUUCUCUUCAUGCUUCGUCCCAGAACUAGGGUUCCUUCCUAGUCGCAGCACAUGGAUCACAGGUCCAAACCCAAGGACUCACUCUCUUACUCCACCCUCUUCAAUCUUGAGUCUUUGAUGAGCUUUCAGCUUCCAGAACAAGAUGAUGACUUUGAUUACUAUGGGAAUAGUAGUCAGGAUGAGAGCAGAGACAGCCAAGGUGGGGUGAUUGCAAAUCACAGUAAUGGGAAUGUGCGUGGAAGGGAAGUGAGUUUGCUGAAGAAGAGGAGGUGGUCUCAAAACAGUGACAACGAGGAGAAGAGUAGUUUUUACGGGACACAUAUGACGGAAGAGAGAUAUCGGUCGAUGCUGGGAGAGCAUAUUCAGAAAUACAAGAGGAGGUUUAGGGAUACCUCGACCAGUCCUGCCCAAAAUCAGGCUGCUGUUCCACUUGUGAAAGGUAAUGCGGGAUUGAAAGCUCGCAAGUCCGGGAACGAGCGUAGGGGAGGAUUACAUGCUGCGGAAACUACAUCGGAAUGGAUGAAUGAUUCCAAUUCUCAGAGACCAGGAAACUACCGUGAUGCAGAUUCAAUGCAGCAACAUGGCACUGAUAGGAUUAUGUAUGAACCUGCAUCUGUGGAUAUUGGGGAUGGUAUCACUUACAAGAUUCCUCCAAUCUAUGAUAAGUUGGCUUCAGCUCUGAACCUCCCAAGCUUCUCAGAUAUCCAUGUUGAGGAUUUUUACUUAAAGGGUACCUUGGAUUUGGGAUCCUUGGCUGAAAUGAUGGCUGCUGAUAAAAGGUUUGGGAACAGAAACCGAGGAGGCAUGGGGGAAGCAAUACCUCAGUAUGAAUCACUUCAGGCACGGCUGAAGAUCAUGUCAGCUUCUAAUUCAGCUCAUAAAUUCGGUCUGAAAGUAUCUGAUAUUGGUUUGAAUUCCUCCAUUCCGGAGGGGGCAGCAGGAAGCAUAAAGCGAUCUAUUCUAUCUGAGGGUGGUGUAUUGCAGGUUUAUUAUGUGAAGGUUUUGGAGAAAGGUGACACCUAUGAGAUCAUUGAAAGAAGCCUACCUAAGAAGCAAAAGGUGAAGAAAGACCCUGCUUUGAUAGAGAAGGAGGAAAUGGAAAGAUGUGUAAAGAUUUGGGUAAAUAUUGUAAGAAGAGACAUACCAAAGCAUCAUAGGAACUUUACUACUUUUCAUAGAAAGCAACUGAUUGAUGCCAAGAGGGUCUCAGAGACUUGUCAAAGAGAGGUUAGAAUGAAAGUUAGUAGAUCCCUUAAAUGGACAAGAACUGCUGGUAUGCGCACCCGGAAACUAGCUAGAGACAUGUUGCUGUUCUGGAAACGAAUAGACAAGGAGAUGGCAGAAGUGAGAAAAAGGGAGGAAAAAGAAGCUGCUGAAACUUUGAGGCGUGAACAGGAAGUUAGAGAAGCAAAGAGGCAACAGCAAAGGCUUAAUUUUCUUAUACAACAGACUGAGCUGUACAGUCACUUUAUGCAGAACAAGGCAAACUUAAUAUCUUCAGAAGCUUUACCCAAGGUAGAUGAAGAUACAUAUGAUCAAGAUGCACUGAUUGACUCUUCAGAUGCUGGGCCUAAUGAGGAGGAAGAUCCUGAAGAGGUUGAAUUGAAAAAGGAAGCUUUGAAGGCUGCUCAAGAAGCAGUAUCUAAGCAGAGAAAGUUGACAAGUGCUUUUGACACUGAAUGCUUGAGGCUGCGCCAAGCUGGUGAAACUGAUUCACUUCCACCAGAAGUUGCUGGAGCUAGUAACAUUGAUUUACAAACCCCCUCAACCAUGCCAGUGGCGUCCACUGUUCGGACACCUGAAUUAUUUAAAGGUUGUCUUAAAGAAUAUCAGCUAAAAGGUCUUCAAUGGCUAGUUAAUUGUUAUGAGCAGGGUUUAAAUGGUAUUCUAGCGGAUGAGAUGGGACUUGGAAAGACCAUUCAGGCUAUGGCUUUUUUAGCCCAUUUAGCUGAGGAGAAAAAUAUAUGGGGACCUUUUCUUGUUGUUGCACCUGCUUCUGUAUUAAAUAAUUGGAAUGAGGAACUUGAGCGCUUCUGCCCUGAACUGAAAAGACUUCCAUAUUGGGGUGGGCUUUCAGAGCGGACAGUACUUAGGAAAAGUAUAAACCCAAAGGAUCUAUAUCUCAGCUCAAUUUGUAAUUUAUCUUUUUGGUCUUUAAUUUUCAUUCAUUUUAUUUCUAUUUUAACCAUACCUUGCUUAUUUACCAGGGAGGCUAAAUUUCAUAUUCUCAUUACAAGCUACCAGCUAUUAGUAUCUGAUGAGAAGUAUUUUCGUCGCGUGAAAUGGCAAUAUAUGGUUUUAGAUGAAGCUCAGGCAAUUAAAAGUUCAACCAGUAUAAGAUGGAAGACACUCCUCAGCUUUAAUUGUCGGAAUCGUCUACUGCUGACUGGUACACCCAUUCAGAAUAAUAUGGCUGAAUUGUGGGCUCUUCUGCAUUUCAUCAUGCCAACUUUAUUUGACAGCCACGAACAGUUUAAUGAGUGGUUUUCUAAAGGAAUUGAGAACCAUGCAGAACAUGGGGGUACUUUAAAUGAGCACCAGCUGAAUCGAUUGCAUUCAAUUCUAAAGCCUUUCAUGCUGCGUCGUGUUAAAAAGGAUGUAAUUUCUGAGCUGACUACAAAAACUGAGGUUACUGUGCAUUGUAAGUUGAGUUCUCGGCAGCAGGCUUUCUAUCAAGCAAUUAAGAACAAGAUAUCUCUUGCUGAGUUGUUUGAUAGUAAUCGUGGGCAGCUCAAUGAGAAGAGAAUUCUAAACUUAAUGAACAUUGUUAUUCAAUUAAGGAAGGUUUGCAAUCAUCCAGAGUUGUUCGAAAGGAGUGAGGGAAGCACUUACCUUUACUUUGGAGAGAUUCCGAAUUCCCUUUCACCUCCUCCAUUUGGGGAGUUGGAGGAUGUGUAUUAUUCUGGUGGUCACAACCCCAUAUCAUAUGAGAUUCCAAAACUUGUCUAUCAAGAAAUUAUGCAAAGUUCUGACACUCUUAGUUCAGCUGUUGGUCAUGGUGUCUCCAGAGAAUCCUUUCAGAAACAUUUUAAUAUUUUUAGACCAGAAAAUGUUUAUCGAUCUGUCUUCUCAGAAGAUAAGUGCAUUAAAAGUGGAAACUUUGGUUUUACCCAUUUAAUAGAUUUGUCUCCACAAGAGGUGACAUUUCUGGCUACCAGUUCUUUAAUGGAGCAACUAUUAUUUUCUAUGAUGAGAUGGGAACAAAAAUUCAUUGAUGAAGCUGUGGACUUCCUAAUGGAGACCAUAGAUGAUGAUCCAGAAUGCAGUUACCUUGAGAAAGAAAAAGUGAGAACCGUUACACGAAUGUUAUUGGUGCCGUCAAGAUCUGAGACCCAGUUUCUUCAAAAAAGAUUGCCAACUGGGCCCAGCCAAGCUCCUUUUGAGGCCUUGGUUGUCCCACAUCAGGAUAGGCUUUUAUCAAAUGCUAGGCUUCUUCACUCAGCUUACACAUAUAUUCCCCAAAGUAGAGCUCCCCCAAUUGGUGCUCAUUGCUCAGAUAGAAACUUCUACUAUAAAAUGAUUGAAGAAUUACAUGAUCCCUGGGUUAAGAGAUUGUUUGUGGGCUUUGCACGUACAUCUGAUUAUAAUGGACCUAGAAAGCCAGAUGGUCCCCAUCAUUUAAUUCAAGAGAUAGAUUCUGAACUACCUGUUUCUCAGCCUGCUCUUCAGUUAACGCACAGUAUUUUUGGGUCGUGUCCACCUAUGCGGAAUUUUGACCCAGCAAAAUUGCUCACUGACUCUGGAAAGCUUCAAACACUUGACAUAUUAUUGAAACGCUUACGAGCAGAAAAUCAUCGCGUUCUCUUGUUUGCUCAGAUGACCAAGAUGCUGAAUAUUUUGGAGGACUACAUGAACUACAGAAAAUAUAGGUAUUUUAGACUUGAUGGAUCAUCUACUAUUCAGGAUCGAAGAGACAUGGUCAGAGACUUUCAGCAUAGGACUGAUAUUUUUGUGUUCUUAUUGAGCACAAGAGCUGGUGGAUUGGGUAUCAACUUGACAGCUGCUGACACAGUCAUAUUUUACGAGAGUGAUUGGAAUCCAACAUUGGAUUUACAGGCAAUGGACAGAGCUCACCGAUUGGGUCAAACAAAAGAUGUUACUGUUUACCGACUUAUAUGUAAAGAGACAGUUGAAGAGAAGAUUCUUGUGAGAGCUAGUCAGAAAAGUACUGUACAGAACCUUGUUAUGACUGGUGGUUCUGUUGGUGGUGAUCUUUUAGCUCCUGAGGAUGUUGUAUCUUUGCUUCUAGAUGAUGUACAGUUGGAGCAGAAAUUAAAGGAAAUCCCUCUCCAGGUAAAGGAUAAGCAAAAGAAAAAAUUACCUAUGAAGGGUAUUCGGUUAAAUGAAGAAGGUGAUGCAUCUCUGGAAGACCUAACAAACACCGUAGCCCAGGGUAAUUCAGAUUAUGAUAUUUCCAUAGAGCCAGAGGGAUCAAAGUCUAGUAAUAAAAAGAGAAAAGCUGCCUCAGAUAAGCAAACUUCGAGGUCCAAGAAUUCUCAGAAGAUGAGUGAAUUUAGUACUACGCCUAUGGACGAUGAAUUGGAUGAUGUCCAUCCAAAUACUGAUCCAGCUAGCCAGAAACCCAAGAGACCGAAGAGGAUAACGAAGAAUGUGAACGAAAAGUUUGAAGAGGCUUUUACUGGGACUCCUACCAUGGUCCCAGAGCAGCCCCAAUUUCCACCUACAAGGGAUUAUAAUGCCGGAGGUUCUAUAUCAGAAUCAGGCCAAGACAACUGAAACACAUAGUGAGACAUUUUACAAAACAUGGGAGUGACCAUUCUAUCAGCCCUGUGAAUUGACAAUUUUGGGGAGACUGCUAAAUUUGGCUCUCUAUAUUUGAUCAACAGUUUCUAGUUCCCUAUUUCUUGGUUCUCGUCUUACUGGAAAUAGUGGCGGCAAAGUUGAGUCAAGACAGGCAAAGGUGUAUAUCAUAGGUUGUACAUGGUAUUAGUUCUUAAUGUAUGCUGAUUAUGGGGCUUUGUAGUUUGUAAAGAUUGCUCCAUCCUUAGUAGAGUUGAUUUUUUAUGUGCCACUAGCAAUUAUUUGUAACUAAUGAUAAUUAAUAUCCUGUAAUCUUGCUUGCCACCCUUAUUAAGUUCAUUGCAUGAAAAUUCGAUACCCUAUGUGAGAUCUCUCGUGACCAAUAACAUGUUUAAUUCAUAUUACCGUGAAU